GGGGGGGGAAAUUCUUGGGGUUUGAGCCCUGAUUGGCUGCGCCCGGGCCCGCCCCCGCCUUUUCCCCCCUUCUCCCCCUCUGGGAAGGGGGGCGUGGAGGCAACCGGGAUCAGCCUGGGGCCAGCAUGAGCCAGAGGGAGGGAAGUCUGGAAGACUUCCAGGCUGACUCCUCAAUCUCACCCCUUCCCCUCUUGGAGGCCAAGAUCCAUCAGACACACAGCCUUGCCCGCCUCCUCACCAAAUAUGCUGAGCAGCUCUUCCAGGAAUAUGUGCAGCUCCAGGGGGACCCCUUCGGGCGGCCCGGCUUCUCGCCCCCGCGGCCGCCGGUGGCGGGGCUGAGCGCGCCGGGCGCGGGCCACGCGGGGCUGCCGCUGCCCGAGCGCCUGCGGCUGGACGCGGGGGCGCUGGCCGCGCUGCCGCCGCUGCUGGACGCGGUGCGCCGCCUGCAGGCCGAGCUGAACCCGCGCACCGCCCUGCUGCGGCGCCUGGAGGAGGCCGCGCGCCGCGCCCGCGCGCUGGGCGCCGCCCUGGAGGCCGUGCUGGCCGCGCUGGGCGCCGAGCCCCGCGAGCCCCGGCCCGAGCCCGCCGCCGCCGCCGCCGCCGCCGCCGCCGCCGCCGCCGCCGCCGCCGGCGCCUUCCCCGCCAAGCUGCUGGGGCUCCGCGUGUGCGGCCUCUACCGCGACUGGGUGAGCCGCACCGAAGCCGACCUGGGCCAGCUGGUACCCGGGGGCCCCGCCUGAGGCCGGCCGCAGCUCGCCGCCGCCUCCGCCAGCCGCCUCCAUCUCCCUCCGUCUCUCCAUGUCCCCGUCUCCCCUUCUCCUCCAUCUCUCCGUCUUUCCAUCUCUCUCCAUCUCUCCAU